GAAAGAAUUUAGAAAUUAUAGAUGUCAAAAUAGGCUUCUUAUGAUAUAAUGUGUAAGUUUCUGAUUCUUGGAUCUUCUUCAGUUGGUAAAACAAAUCUCUUAAUGCGCUUUACUGAUGAUAAUUUUUAUGAAAAUCAUGUUGCUACAAUAGGAGUGGAUUUUAAAUUUAAAGAAGUAAAAACAAAUGGUAAAAUAAUGAAAAUGUAAAUUUGGGAUACUGCAGGAUAAGAAAAAUUUAGAACUUUAACAUAAAAUUAUUAUAAAUUUGCACAUGGAGUAUUAAUUGUUUAUGCUGUUGAUGAUUUGAAAUCAUUUUAAGAAGUAACUUUUUGGAUGAAUUCUUUGAAAUAACAUGGAAAAAAUGAAAUUCCAAUAAUUUUAAUAGCAAAUAAGAAAGAUGUUAGUGAUUCAAGAAUAGUAUCACAAUAAUAAGGAGAAGAAUUAGCAAGUUAAAUGGGAGUUGAUUAUAUUGAAACAUCAGCAAAAUUAGAUAUAAAUGUUCAUGAAGCAUUUCAACGAUUAGCUGAUCUAGCUAUGUAAUAAAGUAAUGGCAAGAUUUCUUUGCCUAAUUUAACAGAAGACACUAGUUAUAAAAUCAAUUUAACUAAAAAUACAAAGAAAGAAUCAAAAAAAAAAGACUGUUGUUGA